CAUCCAUCCAUCCAUCCAUCCAUCCAUCCACAAGAUUGACCAUUGACCAUUGACAACAUUGCAUACCGGUCAAGCAUAAAGCAGCGAUCGAGAUGGUCAAACCUACGUUGAAGAGCACCUUUGCUCGCCGUAAUCACAAAGAACGGGCUCAACCUCUGCAUCGACAACGACUAGGUCUGUUGGAAAAGCACAAGGACUAUGUGCAUCGAGCGAGAGACUACAAAUCGAAACAGGACCGUAUAAAGAAGCUGAGGGAAAAGGCGGCAUUCAAGAACAAGGAUGAGUUCUACUGGGGAAUGGUCAAGGGGAAGACGAAGGACGGGGUGGCAAUCGCGGACAGGGGGAACGAAGCGCUCUCGGUCGAUGUUGUCAAGCUAUUGAAGACGCAAGAUGCAGGUUAUAUCAGGCUGCAGAUUGCAAAGGACGAGAAGACUAUUGGCAAACUUCGGCGCGAGCUGGAAGUCACGGCUCCCGGAGCAAGCUCGAGUGAAUGGGACGCUGCAGCGGAACUGGCAGAGGUCGAAAAGCUUGCAGAGAUGGGAGUCGUGCUUCAACCGAGGGAAAGUCAGAGCUCUAAACGAAAGGGCAAAGGUAGGGCACCGCCGACGGGGCAUGUCCUUUUUGCGGAUGGCCGCGAUGAGUUCGAAGCCGAGUCAUCAACCGCCCUACGACCAAUGGUGACAAGCACAGACACAGGUUCUGAGCAGGAGCCGCUGGACCUGGGUUGGGUGAAUGAUACGCCAAAGCAGAAGACAAAGCCACAGAAAGAACCAACCGUGGAUCCGGAGCCAAAUGCAGAGGAGGAAGCAAGAGCUCAUCGAAUGUCCCUCCUCACAUCCCUUUCUGCCCAUUUGAACCGGAUAAAACAGCUCCGACAGGCCGAGCAAAAGUUGCAAGCUACCAAAUCUCUGAUGGGCAAGGGAGCAGCCAGAAAAGUUAGGAACGCAGGCUGGGUGGAAGAUGACUCUCAGCAUGAGGACAGGAAUGGCGAAAGAAAACGUUGGGAGGGCAAAGUAUGGAAAUGGAAGUUGGAGCGGAAGAGGUAGACGAGCAUUUUGUUUACGCCGACCGGAACA